GCUCCGACCUUGCAGCGGCGCAGCGCGCGAGGGAGGCGGGAGGAGCAGCGGGCGGAGCCGCGCUGAGGGAGCGCAGCGCCGCGAGCCGGAGCGGUCUCCAAUGAGCCGCGCCGAACCUGCGGUCCCAGCCACACAGACCCGCUGCGCGCCCCCGUCCCCGGGCUCACCUGGUGCCAGGUAGCAGGUCUGGCCUUGCCCCACAGACAAUGAUGGCCUUGCCCCGGUGAGGUACAGCCUGCGCUUGGACACCCGCCCUCUGCCAGCCAUCAGGAUGCGGCUGUGGAAGGCGGUGGUGGUGACCCUGGCCUUCAUGACCACGGACAUUGGUGUGACCACGGCGAUCUAUGCCUUCAGCCACCUCGACCGCAGCCUGCUGGAGGACAUCCGCCACUUCAACAUCUUUGACUCGGUGCUGGACCUCUGGGCUGCCUGCCUAUACCGCAGCUGCCUGCUACUAGGGGCCACCAUUGGUGUGGCCAAAAACAGCGCCCUGGGGCCCCGGCGGCUGCGAGCCUCAUGGGUCGUCAUCACCCUCGUGUGCCUCUUUGUGGGCAUCUACGCCAUGGUCAAGCUGCUACUCUUCUCAGAGGUGCGCAGGCCCAUCCGGGACCCAUGGUUCUGGGCCAUCUUUGUGUGGACGUACAUCUCGCUCGCUGCCUCCUUCCUGCUCUGGUGGCUGCUGUCCACUGUGCGGCCUGAUGCCGAGGCCCUGGAGCCCAGGGCUGGUGCCGAGGCUGAGGGCUUCCACAGGGAGGACCGGCCACCUGCUGAGCAGGCAUCUGGGGCCACACUGCAGAAACUGCUCUCUUACACCAAGCCUGACGUGGCCUUCCUUGUGGCUGCCUCUUUCUUCCUCAUAAUGGCAGCUCUGGGCGAGACCUUCCUGCCCUACUAUACAGGCCGCGCUAUCGACAGCAUUGUCAUCCAGAAGAGCAUGGAUCAGUUCAGCACGGCUGUCGUCGUCGUGUGUCUGCUAGCCAUCGGCAGCUCAUUUGCCGCAGGUAUUCGGGGCGGCAUUUUUACCCUCAUAUUUGCCAGACUGAACAUUCGCCUCCGAAACUGUCUCUUCCGCUCGCUGGUAUCUCAGGAGACAAGCUUCUUUGAUGAGAACCGCACAGGGGACCUCAUCUCCCGCCUCACCUCGGACACCACUAUGGUCAGUGACCUGGUCUCCCAGAACAUCAACAUCUUCCUGAGGAACACAGUCAAGGUCACAGGCGUGGUGGUCUUCAUGUUCAGCCUCUCAUGGCAGCUCUCCCUGGUCACCUUCAUGGGCUUCCCCAUCAUAAUGAUGGUGUCCAACAUCUAUGGCAAGUACUACAAGAGGCUCUCCAAAGAGGUCCAGAGCGCCCUUGCCAGAGCUAGCAACACAGCUGAGGAGACCAUCAGCGCCAUGAAGACGGUCCGUAGCUUUGCCAAUGAGGAAGAGGAGGCAGAAGUAUACCUGCGGAAGCUGCAGCAGGUGUACAAGCUGAACAGGAAGGAGGCGGCGGCCUACAUGUCCUAUGUCUGGGGCAGCGGGCUCACACUGCUGGUGGUUCAGGUCAGCAUCCUUUACUACGGGGGCCACCUCGUCAUCUCAGGGCAGAUGACCAGCGGCAACCUUAUCGCCUUCAUUAUCUACGAGUUUGUGCUGGGGGACUGCAUGGAGUCCGUGGGCUCCGUGUACAGCGGCCUGAUGCAGGGUGUGGGGGCUGCUGAGAAGGUGUUCGAGUUCAUUGACCGACAGCCGACCAUGGUGCAUGAUGGGAGCUUGGCCCCAGACCACCUGGAGGGCCGGGUAGACUUCGAGAAUGUGACCUUCACCUACCGCACUCGGCCCCAUACCCAGGUCCUGCAGAAUGUCUCCUUCAGCCUGUCCCCAGGCAAGGUGACAGCCCUUGUGGGGCCCUCAGGCAGUGGGAAGAGUUCCUGUGUUAACAUCCUGGAGAACUUCUACCCGCUGCAGGGUGGCCGUGUGCUGCUGGACGGCAAGCCCAUCGGCGCCUAUGACCACAAGUACCUGCACCGUGUGAUCUCCCUGGUCAGCCAGGAACCUGUGCUAUUUGCCCGCUCCAUCACAGACAACAUCUCCUAUGGCCUACCCACUGUGCCCUUUGAGAUGGUGGUGGAGGCUGCACAGAAGGCCAACGCCCAUGGCUUCAUCAUGGAGCUCCAGGAUGGCUACAGCACAGAGACGGGGGAGAAGGGUGCUCAGCUGUCAGGCGGCCAGAAGCAGCGGGUGGCCAUGGCCCGGGCCCUGGUGCGGAACCCACCUGUCCUCAUCCUGGAUGAAGCCACCAGUGCUCUGGAUGCAGAGAGCGAGUACCUGAUCCAGCAGGCCAUCCACGGCAACCUGCAGAAGCACACAGUGCUCAUCAUUGCGCACCGGCUGAGCACUGUGGAGCGGGCGCACCUCAUCGUGGUGCUGGACAAGGGCCGUGUGGUGCAGCAGGGCACACACCAGCAGCUGUUGGCUCAGGGAGGUCUCUAUGCCAAGCUGGUGCAGCGACAGAUGCUGGGGCUUGAAGCCCCCUCAGACUACACGGCUAGCCACAAGGAGCCACCUGGGAACGGUAGUCACAAGGCCUGACCAUCGGCAUGGCUUCUCCCAGUGGGGCAGAGACCCCAUGCCUGCCUGGCACAUGUGCCCGUGGGACCCUGGCAGCCCCUAGUAGCUGUCCACAGCCAGGCUGCAACACUGGAGGGUGACCUGCCACGUCCCAUGUUUCACUGCUUCCUGCAUCUCGCCUCCUUCCACCCUCUUCCCGAGGGCACCUCCAGCCCCAUGCUGCCAUCGGCCUCCCUGUCCUAGUCUCCCCACCUGGCCUCCCAGGCUGUAGUAAAUGUAGAGCCACCUUUUUAAAUCAAGACCUUACCAGGUUUUUUUACUGCUUGGUUCAAUUCACUCCAGUCAACUCCUAGAUUUCAAAACCAUUUUUCUAAUUAGGACUAAUGGUGGUAAGUUCACCAAGAUGUUCUAGAAACUUCUGAGCCAGGAGUGAACUGCCCUUCCCAAAACCUGGGGGAUGUCAGGAGAGAACUAGGCCCUACCCUUCACCCCUCCAGAGAAGGGACUUCCCUGUCUCAAGCCAGACAUAGGAGCCAGGUUUUCUUUCUCUCUCUCCGCCAGCUCCGUGAGUCAGGCCAGGGUGGGUGCCAGAGCGUCCGUUUGCCCGUUACCCCUCCCAAUCAAAGCCAGUCUCACUGUGAACCACUACGAACCUCAACAGGGGAGUGAGGCGCUGGCCAGGCCUGGGGGUCCUCCAGAUGCCCCCAGCCCUGCACACAGCGCUUUAGCCCCUUGGCCUGCCUCGCCCCUCCCCCUGGCUGGCAGCCUCCCUUCAUGUCCACCUGCUGCUCUGCUGUUUGGAGGCCUCUGGUUGUUUGCAAGGUGCAUUCUCUCCUUGUUUGUGAUGGGACUGUGGCAAAGCCCAGGGUCCAGCUUUGUCCAGGGUUGCUGGAUAUUGGAAGAGUCCGGUCAAUAAAGUGUACUACCUCUGACCUCU